UAUCCUCUGAAACUCUGAAGCAUAUCAUCAAGAGAAAGGGAAGAUAAGCAAGCAGCAGACGACAUGAGGAGGAACACUCUCCUCGCACUCGUGUCCUGGAUCAUGCUGCUGGCUCUCUUCAUCACAACCACCACCGCUUCACUGCCAUGCCAGUGCUGCUGGAUUGUGGAGCAACCGACAAGGACCUGCGGCCAUGCCUGCUGCGGCGACAACUGCUGCCCGCCUGCUCCACCACCACCAUACGCGCCCUGAAAAAAUGAUGAUGGUCAUGCGUGUUCAUCAGUAAUACUUAGUAUAUAAUAAGCAUAAAGAAAAGAGAUGAGUUCUGAGGGAAUGAUGUUGUACUGCUCACCAGCUCUUCCUUGAGCAUGUAACGAUCCCUAUUACUUUCUCUCUUGGCUCCUUCAGAA